CGCACAGCUCAGAGCUGGGCGAGGGAAGGCGCCCGGAAGGAAGCCAGCCCCCCAGGCACUGGGUGGGCUGCGCCGCGCGGCUCGCGGACCUUCCUGGGUUGGAGAGGUGCGCACCGUCUGCACCUUACCCGGCGGCUGACAUCUCCGGCCCAGGAGAUGGGCGCUGGAGCUUGAGUUCCUGAGUCUCUGGAGCCACCACCUGCGAAUGUCCUUCGCUUCUCCGGAGCUGUACCCAGCCGCCCUGUGAGACUAUUCCAGGAUUUGGACGACCAUCUUCAAAAACCAAAAAUGAAGUUCACAUUCACACGCCGGUGCUUGGUACUCUUCAUCUUUCUAAAUCACCCAACCCCAAUUCUUCCUGCCAAUUCGAAUAACACCUAUCCUCCCAAUAUGAAGUCCGAGCCAUUUCUGUACGUCCUAGGACGAAAGAAAAUGUCGGAUGCGCAGUACAAAUGCUAUGACCGCAUGCAGCAGUUACCCCCAUACCAAGGAGAAGGUCCGUAUUGCAACCGUACCUGGGAUGGAUGGCUGUGUUGGGAUGAUACACCGGCUGGAGUAUUGUCCCAUCAGUACUGCCCAGAUUACUUUCCAGACUUUGAUCCAACAGAAAAGGUUACAAAAUACUGUGAUGAGAACGGGGAGUGGUAUAAGCAUCCUGAGAACAAUCGAACCUGGUCCAACUAUACUAUGUGUAACGCUUUCACUCCUGAGAAACUGAAGAAUGCGUACGUUCUGUACUACUUGGCUAUUGUGGGCCAUUCUUUGUCGAUUUUCACCUUGGUGAUUUCGCUGGGGAUUUUCGUGUUUUUCAAGAGCCUUGGCUGUCAAAGGGUGACUCUGCACAAGAACAUGUUUCUGACUUACAUUCUGAAUUCCAUGAUUAUCAUCAUCCACCUGGUUGAAGUCGUACCCAAUGGAGAGCUUGUGAGAAGGGAUCCUCUGAGCUGCAAGAUUUUGCAUUUCUUUCACCAGUACAUGAUGGCAUGCAAUUAUUUCUGGAUGCUCUGUGAAGGAAUCUAUCUGCACACCCUCAUCGUGGUGGCCGUGUUCACCGAGGAGCAGCACCUGCGCUGGUAUUAUCUCUUGGGCUGGGGGUUCCCGCUGGUGCCAACCACUAUCCAUGCGAUUACUCGGGCUCUGUACUUCAAUGACAACUGCUGGCUGAGUGUGGAAACCCAUCUGCUUUACAUCAUCCACGGUCCCGUCAUGGCCGCACUGGUGGUCAAUUUCUUCUUCCUGCUCAACAUCGUCCGGGUGCUCGUGAGCAAGCUGAGGGAGACCCAGGAGGCGGAAUCGCACAUGUAUCUGAAGGCCGUGAGGGCCACUCUGAUCCUGGUGCCCCUGCUCGGAAUCCAGUUUGUCGUCUUUCCCUGGAGGCCUUCCAACAAGAUGCUUGGGAAGAUCUACGAUUACCUGAUGCACUCUCUGAUUCACUUCCAGGGAUUCUUUGUCGCCGUGAUCUACUGCUUCUGCAACAACGAGGUCCAAACCACCGUGAAGCGCCAAUGGGCGCAGUUUAAAACCCAGUGGGAUCAGCGCUGGGGGCGAAGGAACCCCCGCCGCUCCGCGGCCAAUGCCGCUGCCGCCGCCGCCGCCGCCGCUGCCGCCGCCGCGGCCGAAGCCGGGGACAUCCCGGUUUACAUCUGCCACCAGGAGCCGAGGAACGAAGCCGCCGACAACCUGGGCGAAGGGGGUGCCGAGGUCAUUGCUUUGGAAAUCAUUGAGCAAGAGUCAUCCGCUUGAAUGUGAAGCUAGCGCAGCAUCG